UUAUUAGGUAACGAUUAAGUCAUAGUGAGUGAGCACAAAUUCUCAAGCCAGUGACAUAAGCCAAAAUGGUUUCGAAACUAAUAGUAUCCAUUUGUACAAUUUAUUACUGUUUCGGUUGUCUCCUCAUGGUUGUAAAUGCACGAUCCACAAAAUAUAAAGAGCUAAAACCCGUGCUAAUUAAAUCGGUCGUGUCCCAUCCUAGAAUUUCAUAUAACAAUCUGGACACAUCAUCACCGUCUUCGUCGCAAAGUAGCCAAGAGCAAGAAGAAGGGCUGACUUCAAGGAAAAUCUACCAAUUUCCAGGACCUGGACAUCAUCACAAUAUCCGUGGGCCACCACCACCAGCCCCACAACAACAAGAUCCGGAACGGGGACAAAUUCUUCACCGACCAAAAUCUGGGAGAAGAAAUACUCAAACGUCAUCGGCAUCGUCACAGUCCAACUAUCAAAAUCAGAAUGAGAUGCCAAACGACGCUCCCAUGUUGCUCAAUGGGAAGGGGAAGAAGGUCAAAUAUGUGCCCACGAAUACGAUGGGAUACCAAGGACCGGAAAAACCUCCCCAGGUGUACGUGAUUAGCAGUGGUGGGGACGAAGACGAGGAGAACAGCAACAACGGUGGCAAUGGCGUCGUAGGGUCGAUGCAAACAUACUUCAAAUCCAUGACAGGCAGAAUUAGGGCAGCAUUCCAAGGACUUAUCGGCGGAAUUACAGACUAAUGAAUCUAUUGUCUGCCUACAAAUUAUUUAAAACCGUUUUAAACUACCAGUCAAACUAAAAAAUAAUUGUUAUAUAACUGAAUGAAUUGUUACGUUACGUUAAUAUUCAAUAAUGAUGGGUGUCUCUAUCAUUAAUAAUGAAUUUCAUUAUUGUGUUAUACGUGUAUGAUAUAUAUUUCAUUGACUAUGUUGACUAUUUUUAGUACU